AUGGUCUUCGAAGCAAAGCCAUUUGAUCCUAUUACAGUUAAGCCUAAUGAUAAGAAACGUGUUGCAUACUUCUAUGAUGCAGACGUUGGUAAUUAUGCAUACGGUGCAGGCCAUCCUAUGAAACCACACAGAAUAAGAAUGACCCAUUCGUUAAUUAUGAAUUAUGGUCUCUACAAAAAUAUGGAGAUUUAUAGGGCAAAACCUGCUACGAAGCAAGAGAUGUGUCAGUUCCAUACAGAUGAAUAUAUUGAUUUUUUAUCUCGUGUUACACCUGAUAACUUGGAUAUGUUUAAGAAAGAAAGUGUGAAAUUCAAUGUCGGUGAUGAUUGUCCAGUGUUUGAUGGUCUCUAUGAAUAUUGUAGUAUUUCUGGUGGGGGUUCCAUGGAAGGUGCUGCAAGAUUAAAUAGAGGCAAAUGUGAUGUAGCAAUCAAUUAUGCAGGGGGAUUGCAUCAUGCUAAAAAAUCGGAAGCCUCGGGGUUUUGUUUUUUAAAUGAUAUUGUUUUAGGUAUCAUUGAAUUACUCAGAUAUCAUCCAAGAGUCUUAUACAUAGAUAUCGACGUUCAUCAUGGUGAUGGUGUCGAAGAAGCUUUUUACACAACCGACCGUGUCAUGACAUGUUCAUUUCAUAAAUAUGGUGAAUUUUUCCCAGGUACUGGUGAAUUAAGAGAUACUGGUGUUGGUAACGGUAAGAAUUAUGCUGUUAACGUGCCAUUAAGGGAUGGGAUUGACGAUGCAACAUACAGAUCAGUUUUUGAACCAGUAAUAUCGAAAAUUAUGGAAUGGUACCAACCAUCAGCAGUUGUGCUACAAUGUGGUGGUGAUUCUUUAUCAGGAGAUCGUUUGGGGUGCUUCAACCUUUCGAUGCAAGGUCAUGCAAAUUGUGUCAACUUUGUCAAAUCUUUUAAUAUUCCAAUGAUGGUCGUUGGUGGUGGUGGUUAUACAAUGAGAAAUGUUGCCAGAACUUGGUGCUUUGAGACUGGUUUAUUAAAUAAUGUGAUUUUGGACUCAGAAUUGCCAUACAAUGAUUACUACGAGUAUUAUGGCCCAGAUUACAAAUUGGAUGUUAGGCCAUCAAAUAUGUUUAACGUAAAUACACCAGAAUACUUGGAUAAGAUCCUAACGACUAUUUUCUCCAACUUAGAACAUACAAAAUAUGCUCCUAGUGUACAGCUAAAUCAUGUGCCAAGAGAUCCAGAAGAUCAAGGGGAUGUAGAGGAAGAUUCCACCGAAGCCAAGGAUACAAAGGGUGGUUCCCAAUACGCUAGAGACCAGAUUGUGGAAAGUACAAACGAAUUUUAUUGA